CACUCAGAAUCUGUCUUUAUAAUGAUGUACCUAUCAAUCAGGAGGGAAGCGCGCACUGCUUUCUGCGUACUUGGUGACAACACCGCGCGUUCCCUGUGCUGCGCUGCUGAAUCCUAUUCUUUAAUUAAAUAAUCUAAUAAAGCUGAGCUGAAACUCAAAGGUGUCGGUGGAGAUUAGAAGCGGACGAGUAUGAAGGUCGUAGACAAGAUCCGGGCAGCUACGCUUGAGGAUGGAGGCAAUGUCGUCUUCUCCUUCGAGUUCUUCCCGCCCAAGACCGAUGAUGGAGUCGACAACCUCUUCGACAGGAUGGACCGCAUGGUCGCCCACAACCCCUCUUUCUGCGACAUCACCUGGGGCGCUGGUGGCUCCACCGCCGAUGUCACCCUCGACAUCGCCAACCGUAUGCAGAACAUCGUCUGCGUUGAGACCAUGAUGCAUCUCACCUGCACCAACAUGCCCGUCGACAAGAUCGACCACGCCCUCUCCACCAUCAAGUCCAAUGGCCUCCAGAACGUCCUCGCUCUCCGUGGUGACCCCCCUCAUGGCCAGGGCAAGUUCGUCCAGAUCGAAGGCGGCUUUGCCUGCGCUCUCGACCUUGUGAAACAUAUUAGAGCUAACUAUGGUGACUACUUCGGCAUUACCGUUGCUGGUUAUCCAGAGGCACAUCCCGAUGUAAUAGGAAGUAAUGGCGUGGCUACAUUGGAAGCUUAUCACAAUGAUCUCGCUUAUCUCAAGAGAAAGGUUGAUGCUGGAGCAGAUCUAAUCAUUACUCAACUAUUCUAUGAUACUGAUGUUUUUCUCAAAUUCGUGAAUGAUUGUCGCCAAAUUGGAAUCACUUGCCCCAUUGUUCCUGGAAUUAUGCCCAUUAAUAACUACAAGGGAUUUCUUCGCAUGACUGGUUUUUGCAAAACAAAGAUACCUGCUGAAAUUACUGCUGCCUUGGAGCCUAUUAAGGACAAUGAAGAAGCUGUCAAAUCAUAUGGAGUUCAUCUUGCGACUGAAAUGUGCAAGAAGAUUUUAGCUCAUGGGAUUAAGACAUUGCAUCUCUAUACGCUAAACAUGGAGAAGUCAGCACUGGCUAUAUUAAUGAAUCUUGGUUUGAUUGAAGAGACCAAAAUAUCAAGGUCCCUGCCCUGGAGACGCCCAACGAAUGUUUUCCGUGUCAAGGAAGAUGUUCGUCCAAUUUUCUGGGCUAAUCGUCCAAAAAGCUAUAUAUCAAGGACUAAAGGCUGGGACCAGUACCCACAUGGGCGAUGGGGUGAUUCUCGUAAUCCAUCAUAUGGAGCAUUAGCUGACUAUCAGUUCAUGCGGCCACGUGCACGUGACAAGAAACUUCAUGAAGAAUGGGCGACACCUUUGAGCAACUUUGAAGAUAUUCAUGAGAAAUUUAAGAAAUUCUGUCUUGGAAAAUUGAGAAGCAGUCCUUGGUCAGAAUUAGACGGGCUUCAGCCAGAAACACGAAUCAUAAAUGAACAGCUGGGGAAGAUUAACAUGAAGGGUUUCCUUACCAUCAAUAGCCAACCAGCAGUCAAUGGCGAGAAAUCUUCUUCUCCAUCUGUGGGAUGGGGUGGGCCUGGAGGUUAUGUUUAUCAAAAGGCCUAUAUAGAGUUGUUCUGCUCUAGGGAGAAGUUGGACGGGCUCGUUGACAAGUGCAAGGCUUUCCCAUCUCUAACUUUCAUGGCUGUAAACAAAGAAGGAAGUUGGAUAUCAAACGUUGGCCAAACUGAUGUGAAUGCUGUAACAUGGGGAGUUUUCCCAGCCAAGGAGAUCAUCCAACCCACUGUCGUGGAUCCUUCCAGCUUCCUGGUAUGGAAGGACGAGGCAUUUGAAAUCUGGUCGAGGGGAUGGGCUUCCUUGUACCCAGAGGGUGACACAUCCAGAAAAUUGCUUGAAGAGGUCCAGAGCAGCUAUUUCUUGGUGAGCUUGGUAGAUAACGAUUACAUCCAUGGUGAUCUUUUUGCAGUUUUUGCAGAUAUAUGAGAUGAGCUGCGUUUCUUCCCUUUCUCAAAGCCCACACAAGCCAUUCAAGAGCAAGGUAGCAAUUCAGUGGUGGACAGGACAGGAGACUAAUGCCCAAGCAUUGGACUGCUUCAAUGAGUUUUGCAUUAUUUGUGUUAUUUGUAGACAUGGCACUACUGGGUCUGCCAUGUAGUUUUGCUGUUUCCCGAGUGUAAUUCCUUCUUCUAUCAAGGCAAGUUCAAUGUAUUGGCAGCUAGUUUUAUUUAGCCAGUAAGAAUGAUAUCACAGCA